AUGCCUGAAGCAGAAGACGUCCUAUCAGGCAUGACACUCGCCACUAAAAUGUUAUUCUUAACGGCUUAUACAAACCUAGGGCCUAGUGUCUACGCAACGACCGCCGAAGAGCUCCACUUCGUCGACUAUCUGAUCCUACAAAAGCUACAAGAUCCGGAUUUCUUGACCGGUUUUAAAUUUUGUGUUAAAAGGGGAAACCCUUGGUGCCCCUGGGUGGAGAAUCCUUAUUGUUUCCCCAAGAAGCCCGAAGAAGAUGUGGUAAUGACUGAUGCGCCUAAGUGUAAGACCCCUGUGAAGGUAUAUUUUGACGGUGUGCCCCAGAAGCAGGUACCACCGCCGCAACAAGCUCCAGUGCAGAAAGACCCAUCGCAAGAAGCUGUAGAGCAGCAUCAAAAACAAACGGGGAAUCAAAGCAAUGGGCAGCAAAACAAUCAAGUCUCGGAGCAGCAAAAGACCUCAGAACACGUAAAAUACGCGCAGCAGGCACUGAGUAUGGCCAACAGAAUGCCGCCAAGUGAAGAGCGGCAAUGGAUGAUGAAUAUAGCCACCUACAUCCUUAACGAAGGACAGAACGACAAGAAAAAGGAGCCAGAAAUCACUUAUGUGCCUCCAUAUUUGACUUCCAUCGAUAGUGACGGUAAACCCAAAUUUGAGAGGCUGCUGACCCCCGAGGAGACACGCAACGCAAAAGGCAUGACGGCAGACCAAGCUAUAAUCCACCGAAUCAAGGAGGUAGCUGGUCUGGUGGUCCGCUGCCGCCUCCGGGUGGGCAUGGGCAUUGGCAGCCUAAUGGGCCCAAUCAAGGGUACCAUAAUGGCCCCCACAAUGGGCAAGGGAACGGUCGUGGCGGGCGUCGUGGUGGUCGUGGCGGCGGGAGAGGAGGCCACAGUAUAA